GAAUCUUCGAAUCUUCCGAAUCCCGAUUCUGCCAACACUACAUCAGUGAUUCGCCGACGAUACAAAAGAAAGUGCUGACGACGUAAAGAAGGGGACUACGCCAAAUAUUUAUUUUCAACAUGUCGCAACAAGCACCGAAGAAGAAAGCUACCAAGGGAAGCAAACAGAUCGUGGAGGAAAAUGUGGCUACAGUCAAGUUUUAUCGGAACAUGUCCCUCAUCGCAACGGGUGUGCAGUUCCUCGGUUUUGCUGUCUAUGCAGAACUCUCGACGCUUGCGGUGAUCAUGACAAUACUUAGCCUUGCGGCUCACGCGAGUAGUUAUUACUUCAUGGCACUGAUCAGCAAACCUAAACUGACCGAAAAAGGUGAUAUUAUCGAAACUGGAACGGAUUUAAACAUCGAAGGCGGUAUUACAGAACACGUAAAAGAUAUCGUUAUCCUUACCUCGGGAACGCAACUCGUCUCGAUUCUUUCGGAAUACUUCUGGCUGCUGAUGCUUUUCCUUCCCAUACGGGCAGGUUGGCUGCUGUGGCAAACCGUUGGCAAGCAGUUCUUCCAAAAGGAAGCCGCCGAAGAGGGCCCGGUGAACGAAAAGAAGCAGAAAAAAUUGCAAAGGAAAAUGAACCGCGUUAGGCAAUGACCACCGAAGGAGUGAUAGCAAAUAAAACAAUACAGGAACAUGGGACAAGCCUCCCGAGAGGAAGUACGCUUACACCUACAUCCGUUAUAGUGUUGCUUGCUGCGAGUUUGUAUAAUGGCGCGGUGGUUUAUUUUAAGUAAAUGUUGUUUUGUUUUUAUUAGACUGAAUAUAAA